AUGACUUUAACAAAGCUGAACUUCAUCACGGGAAACAAGAAUAAGCUUUCCGAAGUGCGGGCCAUUCUCGGAAAUGUCGUCGAGGUCGACAGCCAAGAGGUAGACGUCCCGGAGAUUCAAGGGUCGAUUGAGGACAUCGCCAAGGAGAAGGCUCGUCGCGCCUCAGAAGCUAUCAAUGGCCCGGCCUUGACUGAAGAUACAGCGUUGGAGUUCCACGCCCUCAAGGGCCUACCUGGACCGUACAUUAAAUCAUUCCUGGAGUCUGUGGGUAAUGAAGGCUUAAACAAGAUGCUUGAUGGGUUCGAGGACCGAACUGCUGAGGCCGUGUGCACCUUUGCCUUCUGUCGGGCCCCAGGAACGGAACCUCUUAUCUUCCAAGGGCGGACUCAGGGCACUAUUGUGCGGCCUCGAGGCCCAACCAAUUUUGGCUGGGAUCCCAUUUUCGAGUACGAAGGCAAGACAUACGCCGAGAUGGAUAAAGAGGCCAAGAACGUGAUUUCUCACCGAUACAAGGCGCUGGUGAAGCUCCAGCAAUGGCUGGCGGAGGGCCAACAGUGA